ACGCAGUGAAUCGUCACAGACUCUGCAGCAGUUUAUCACGCGACUGAACCGAAUCAGGGCUUUAACCCGGGUCACGGUCUGGACCUCAUCUGGAAACGAACCGGUCUGACCCGGUUUAUGUGACGCGUUCACGUCCCCGCGGAUUAAAGACACAAACAUGACGGAGCUGAGGAGGCGAGGAGGCGGAGGAGGAGACAGUCCCGAGAACAUGAGCGACAAGGAGGCUGAUGCUGAGGACAGACUCGGUCUUCAGCCUGAUACAGAUCCAGAUCCAGAUCCAGAUGUUGAUAUGGACUGUAAAGCAGACACUCCAGAUGUUCCUCUGUCCACAGCUGACAUUGACAACACUCCACAGUGUCUGAACAAGGCUCUGGAAGGACUGCCACCAAGGUGGAAGAAUUACUGGAUCCGUGGGGUUUUGUCUUUAGCUAUGAUUUCAGGAUUCUUCCUCAUCAUCUACCUGGGACCUGUCACUCUGCUGUUAGUGGUCAUGACUGUACAGAUCAAGUGUUUCCACGAGAUCAUCACCAUCGGAUACAGAGUUUAUCAUUCCUACGAGCUGCCGUGGUUCAGGACUCUGAGCUGGUACUUCCUGGUGUGCGUUAAUUACUUCUUCUAUGGUGAAACGUUGGCAGAUUACUUUGGAGCUCUGGUUCAGAGGGAGGAGCCUCUGCAGUUCCUGGCUCGUUAUCACCGCUUCAUCUCAUUUGCUCUUUACCUCGCAGGUUUCUGCAUGUUUGUGCUGAGUUUAGUCAAGAAACAUUAUCGCCUGCAGUUUUAUAUGUUUGCUUGGACUCAUGUGACGCUGUUGAUUGUCGUGACUCAGUCGCACCUUGUCAUUCAGAACCUGUUUGAAGGAAUGAUCUGGUUCAUCGUCCCGAUCUCCAUCGUCAUCUGUAACGACAUCAUGGCGUAUCUGUUUGGAUUCUUCUUUGGGAGGACGCCGCUCAUCAAGCUGUCUCCUAAGAAGACGUGGGAAGGAUUCAUCGGUGGCUUCUUCUCCACCGUGGUGUUCGGCUUCAUUCUGGCCUACCUGCUCUCUCACUUCCAGUACUUUGUUUGUCCGGUUGGUUUCAACAGUGAAACAAACAGAUUCACAGUCGAGUGUCAACCGUCAGAAAUCUUUGAGCUUCAGACUUACACACUUCCUGCUGUCGUCCAGAACACUCUGACCUGGAAAACAGUGCAGAUGUUUCCGUUCCAGAUCCACAGCGUCUUCCUCUCGUCCUUCGCGUCUCUCAUUGGUCCGUUCGGCGGCUUCUUUGCCAGCGGCUUCAAACGAGCUUUUAAAAUCAAAGACUUUGCGAGCACCAUCCCGGGUCACGGUGGUAUCAUGGACCGGUUUGACUGUCAGUACCUGAUGGCAACAUUUGUCCAUGUUUACAUCACCAGCUUUAUCAGAGGUCCAAACCCCAGUAAAGUCCUGCAGCAGCUGUUGAUGCUUCAGCCUGAACAACAGCUCAGUAUCUUCCACACUCUGCACAACCAACUGAGAGAGAGAGGACUGCUGCCCCCUGCUGACUGAACCAGGAACUGACCGUUUGUGUGUGAGUGUGUGUGUGUGAGAGAGGACUAAACCUGACGUAUAAAAAACCCCACAUGGACUGAGACAUAAACUGUCUUCAUCCUCUUCAUCACCUUCAUCCUCUCUGACUGUAAACAAUGUUCAGUUUGUAGAAUCUGACACUAAAGAUGAAACGUCUUCUGACACAAACUGACCUUAAAGCACACUCUGUCUGUCUCACUGUCUCUGUCUCUGUCUCUGUCUGUCUCUGUCUGUCUCUUUGAUGAUGGAUGAGCAGUUUCCUUGAGAACAAUGUUGCACUGACUCUUUAUAUCGUAAGCUUUUACCAGCAUCGACUGUAGGACGCUUCACACUAUAGGACAUUUGGGACCCUUCAGUGUCACCCACUAUAGGACAUUUAGGACACUUCAGUGUCACACACUAUAGGACAUUUGGGACCCUUCAGUGUCACCCACUAUAGGACAUUUAGGACACUUCAGUGUCACACACUAUAGGACAUUUGGGACACUUCAGUGUCACCCACUAUAGGACAUUUAGGACACCAGUGUCACACACUAUAGGACAUUUAGGACACUGGUGUUGGACACAGAGGACACUUGUGUUGGACAUUGAGGACACUUGUGUUGGACACUGGUGUUUAUUUUUUGUGUCUUUGAUGAAGUUAAGCUUUUUCACAGCUUUGUAGUUGAGACGUCAGAGCGUCGUCAUGGAAACAC